UACCAGUUACAUAAACCGUUGAAUUUCCGGAUUCUGGUGAUAUUCUUAAUAGCGAAGAGUUUGUGCUAAAAUGGAGCUGAAACUCCGGUUUGUUUUGUGCCUGAUACUGGCGGUCUCGUCCGCCAGCGCUUGGAUGGGAAUCAAUCCCGAACGAAGCAACGGACAAAGCGACGGGUCCAGCGAUCAGCCUGCCUCAUCAAGACCGGGAGCGCAAAAAAUGAACAUCUUGAUGAUGCCGGAUCGACUGAUGGCCAUGAAAGCCUACAUGGAUGCGGCCAACUUACCACAGACGCCGUAUCAACGAAAGGUCAACAUGGCCUUCUUGCAAGCCAUGGCCAAAAUGAUGGGCAAAACGCAAAUCGUGGAGGUGGAACCGGAGGAUAUCGCUUCCUGGUCUAGCGGCAACGCAUAGAAUUACCGGACAAUCAGUCCACUUCGAAGUCCUUCAAAAAUUUUUUAUUGGAUUGCACCCCGGAGUUGAAGAUUUCAACAAUGCCCCCUAUUUUACUGUCAAAGUUUGGUUGUUUGUCGACGUGCUAACUCCACUUUUAUCUGUACAUUAUGCGCACCUUUGUCCCUAACUGUACUCUAUAUACCUGCGUAUGACUAAUCACUAUGUACUGUAUUGCUGAAGCUACUCGUAACUCUAAACAGUGCGGAUAUAUUCUCCCUGAUUUGCUGAUGGCUGUCUGGUUUUGAGUUUUAUUUCCUAAGCGUGUUGUUUAUUUUGUGACAGUGUCUGACCGACUUGAGCGUUAAUACACAAUGCAGCUGUCUAUGA